AUGUGGUUGCUCCAGUUCUCCCUGACUUCUAGCUCUACAAUCCUUCCUUUCUCAGGACACCCGUCCUCACCACCCAUGGUGAACACUGCUCAAGGCAAGGUCCUAGGGAAGCACAUCAGCUUAGACGGAUUCGCACAGCCUGUGGCCAUCUUCCUGGGCCUCCCCUUUGCUAAGCCUCCUCUUGGGCCUCUGAGGUUUGCUCCUCCACAGCCUGCAGAGCCCUGGAGCUUUGUGAUGAAUGCCACCUCCUACCCUCCUAUGUGCUCCCAAGACCCAGUGGCAGGGCAGAUGCUCUCAGAGCUCUUCACCAACAGAAAGGAGAGCAUUCCUCUCCAGUUUUCUGAAGAUUGUCUCUACCUAAAUAUUUACACUCCUGCUGAUCUGACAAAACACACCAGGCUGCCGGUGAUGGUGUGGAUCCAUGGAGGUGGACUGGUGGAUGGGGCAUCCACCUAUGAUGGACUGCCUCUCUCAGCUCAUAAAAAUGUGGUUGUAGUGACCAUCCAGUAUCACCUGGGCAUCUUGGGCUUCUUCAGCACAGGGGAUGAACACAGCUGGGGGAACUGGGGUCACUUGGACCAGGUGGCUGCCCUGCACUGGGUCCAGAACAACAAUGACAACUUUGGAGGAAACCCAAGCUCUGUGACCAUCUUUGGAGAGUCAGCAGGAGGUUUCAAUGUCUUUGUUCUUGUGUUAUCUCCCUUGGCCAAGAGCCUCUUCCCCAGGGCCAUUUCCCAGAGCAGUGCAGUUCUUAAUCCUUGCCUGUAUGGGAGAGAUGCCAGACCCAUAGCUAAGGGAUCGGCUGCUCCUGCUGGCUGUAAAACCACCACAUUGGCUGCUAUGGUUCACUGCCUUCGCCAGAAGACAGGGGAUGAGCUCUUGGAAAUCACACUGAAAAUGUUUGGUGUUCUUGAUUUUCUUGGAGACCCCAGAGAGUCUGAUGUUACGUGGGAAAGAGUAAUCACAGACAUCACAUUUUUCUCUUCCCUUGAGCUACCCUUUCCUUCCCACUGUGAUUGACCGGAAGAGAUCCUGGCUGAGAAGAGCUUCAACACAGUGCCCUACAUGGUGGGCAUCACCAAAAAAGAGUUUGGCUGGAGCAUACCAAUGAUGAUAGGCUUCCCACUUUCUGAAGAUAAACUGGACCAGAAGAGGACCACUUCCCUUCUUUGGCAGUCUUACCCGAUCCUUAACAUCUCUGAGAGUCUGAAUCCAACUGCCACCGAGAAGUAUUUAUCAGGGAUAGACAGCCCUGCCAGAAAGAAAGACGUUCUCCUGGACUUAAUGGGAGAUGUGAUGUUUGGUGCUCCAUCUGUGAUUGUGUCUCGUGGCAUGGGAGGUAUGCUGGACCCCACCUACAUGUAUGAGUUUCAGUAUUGGCCGAACUUUGUGUCAGACAAGAGACCCAAGACAGUGAUAGGAGACCAUGGUGAUGAUCUCUUCUCAGUAUGGGCAGCCCCAUUUUUAAAAGAUGGUGCCUCAGAAGAGAUCAAUCUCAGCAAGAUGGUGAUGAAAUUCUGGGCCAACUUUGCUCAGAAUGGGAAUCCCAAUGGGGAAGGGCUGCCCCAUUGGCCAGAAUAUGACCAGAAGGAUGGGUACCUGCAGAUUGGAGUCCCAGCACAGGCAGCCCACAGCCUGAAAGACAAGGAAGCGGCCUUUUGGACUGAGCUCAGGGCCAAGGAGGCAGCAGAGAGGCCAACCCAGCAGGAACAUGUUGAGCUCUGA